AUGUACCUUCACAAGUCAAUGGACGAGGUCGUCGCCGAGGCCAACGCCAAGCUCGACGAUUACAAGGCCAAGAUCACAGAGCUGGACAAGACCAAGAAGGCUCUCGAGCAGCGCGUGGCCGUGGACGAGAUGCGGUUCCCGGCGCGGGAGACAGCCAUCGGCUCCAUGCUCGACGCCUACCUCCGGCAGGCUGCCGAGCUGGACGACCAUGCGGUGCACCUUCUGUUUGCUGCCAACCGCUGGGAAGCUGCGUCGGCCAUCGAGGCGGCUCUUGCCGCCGGUACCACCCUCAUUGUCGACCGCUACUCGUACUCGGGCAUGGCCUUUACCGCCGCCAAGGGCUACUCCCUCGAGUGGUGCGCUGCGCCAGAGAUCGGCCUGCCAAAGCCGGACUCUAUCAUCUACAUGGACCUCUCCAUCGAGGAUGCUGCCAAGCGCGGUGGCUACGGCGGCGAGCGCUAUGAGAAGGAGGAGUUCCAGCGGAUUGUCCGUGGCAUUUUCGAGGACAUGGCCGCUGCCGAUCCCGAGACAUGGUUUCGCUGCGACGCCGCCCGCGAGUCCGAGACCAUUACCAAAGAGCUCGUGGCCCACGUCCAGGGCGUUGUAGCCAACGUUGCCGACGCACCCAUUGCCCGCAUGGCUUGA